AGCUCAGAUUUCCAUCAGAGAGCUAAAAGUAUAUUUUUUCCUGAAAUCAAAUCCUCCUUUUAGGGGCUGAACAGAAGCGGGAACAAAUGUAAAACAGAGAAAGACCUUCAGCUAAACAACAAAGCGUUUUAAAACAUGUGUCUUUAAUGCCAGAGCAGGAAAAAAGCUCUUUGUUUGCUUUUUGUGCUCAAAACCCCCUUAUUAGUCAAUGGGAAAUUAGUCAAUGUUUAAUCCGGGGCUCGGUUCCUUGUUUUAUUCAACCGGUGAAGCAAAUCUGAUUAUAAAAACGUCCGAGAGCAGGAUUUGUGAUCAUUCAGACAGGAUGGCUCUGCAAGAAGUCACACUUUUGGGAAUUAUUCUUCUUUUCUCAGAUGUGUGCAGGACGUACGGCAGCGGCGUGUUCUCCAGCUUCAACGGGACGCUGUUCCACCUGAAGUCCAGCUGCGCAGUGACGCUCACACACUUCACUCACGCCGGGGCGGACUGUCACGUCAUCGUCCAGCGCGGGACGACCGGCCUGAUGGACAGAGUGGAGAUCAUCGUCAACAAAAUCACCACGCUCGUCCACAACAACACCGUGACCGUCGACGGCAGCAGAAUUUCCCUCCCAUACGACCACACCUAUCAGCAUGUGUUUCGCUACGGAAUCUACACCAGACUGCAGAGCAAAAUAUUACCAUUGUCUGUCACCUGGUACAGUGUGCCUGAUGGUGUCAGUUCACUUUGGGUGCAACUGAACCAGGGUUUGGUGGAGGGUAUGAGUGGACUUUGUGGACAUCAGAACAGCUCAGAAACGAUGCAGCAGUUGAUUUCCAGCAGCGUCCUUCCUGAUGGUCAAUGCCUGACACAAGACUCUGUUGCACAGACAAACACAGUUUGUAGUGGUGUUUUGUCCCACGCGUACGAAUGUCUCGGCGCCAAAUAUAAAAGCUACCUGAGUCUGUGUUAUAAAAGUAUGAAUGGUUUGUGGCAUCACGAGGUGAACUGCUCCUUCUUCAAAGAGAUUUCCCUGAUGUGCGGCAGCUCCAGUCCGUUCUGGUCAAUAUGGAGGUCCAAAACCAACUGCUCCAUGCCUCUUUGUCCUGGAGAUCUGCGUUAUGUAGAAAUGGGUCCCGCUUUCCCCCCGACCUGCAGCAACCCGCAAAACUCCACCGCGGACUUCACCAGCACCUGCCUGCCGGCUGAAGGAAAGGUCCUGAAUGACCGUAUUAAAGGCUACUCAACCAUAAAUGUGGAGGAAUGUCCAUGCGUGCAUGGAAAAAUGACGUAUGCGCCGAGGCAGGAGCGCAGAACAAAAUGCCAGAGCUGCACCUGCAUCAGAGGUAAAUGGGCGUGUUCUGCAAACACGUGUCCGGUCAAGUGUAUCAUCGAGGGACAGUUCAUUACGACGUUUGAUGGCAAACAGUAUUCUCUUCCAGACAGAUGCACUUAUGUGGCUGCAAGGGGGCUUAACUGGACUUUGAUUGUGCAGUAUUCUGCACAAAGUGUCGUCAUAGAACAGGCAUAUCUCAGCAUCAACCAGGACAAAUACACCUUCUCUGCAAACAGUAUACAACUCAACAACAUAGACAUCGGUGACUUGUCACAAACUGAAUCCACCACCGUUUUUUGGCAGUCCUCGAUGUUCGUUCAAGUCUACACUUCGUUUGGCCUGAAAAUGCAGGUUCAAGUCUCUCCAGAAAUUCAAAUAUAUCUGAAUUUGCCAGCGACUGAAAAUACCAAAGGUCUUUGUGGAACUUAUAAUAAUGACACGAACGAUGACUUCACCACUUUCAGUGGUAUCAUAGAAAGCUCUGUUCAGCUUUUUGCCCAGUCCUGGUCAAUGGGAAGUUGCACACCAAUAACCGGAUGCAUAAACACUAACAACGAGCUAUUUGCUGAGCAGGGCUGUGAUCAGCUGAGAGAUCCAGAAGGAGUGUUUGCUGAGUGUCAUGAUUAUGUUCCCGUCAGUCCCUUUGUUGAGGCUUGCGUUAAGAGAACGUGUCAGUGCUCCAGAGCAUUGCAGGAUUGCUUGUGCGUCUCCUUCGGGAACUACGCAAAAGCCUGUGUGGCUCAAGGGAUCACGGUUGAAGACUGGAGAUCUGGGACAAACUGCGUUCCUCCGUGCAUGGGCAACCUGAUGUUCGCCUACGAAACGAUGGCUUGUAACCAUACCUGCCGUUCCCUGUCGGCCCCCGAUCCCACCUGUGCAGUGCUGGACGACCCUGUGGAGGGGUGUGGAUGCGCGUCGGACUCUCACCUGGACAACCAGCAGACCUGCAGCCCUAAGACACUGUGCAGCUGCUACCAUCCUGGAGGAGUCGCGCCUCCGGGUCCAGUGGUUAUCGGUGGACGCCAAUGCUUGUGUGAAAAUGGACAGCUACGGUGUCCCCGAAUUUGCAAUUGCACAGCGGGAAAGAUUUGUGUGGAUUGCUCACAAAUACCGGUCAACACGGCCCAUAGGACAUGCGGAAGCUUGACCAAACCCGUGAGUAAUGAUGGCAGCUGUUUCAGUGGCUGUUAUUGUCCGGGUGGCCUUUUUGAAGAUCAUAACGGUGGUUGUGUGACUCGCGAUAACUGCACCUGCGAAUUCAGCGGGAGAGUUUUCGAAACUGGACAGAGUGUGCUGACGAAUUGUAAAACAUGCACAUGUAGAGGUGGUGAAUGGUCCUGUGUUGAUGAGGAAUGUUCAGGAACAUGUUCGGUGUUUGGGAAUGGACAGUAUCAAACAUUUGACUCCAAAUGGUACAGAUUCGACGGAAACUGCCAGUACACCUUGGCUAAGGACGCCAGUUCAAGAGGGAGCUUUGCAAUUAAAACCGAAAGUGUUCCUUGUUGUGAUGAAUCGUUGACGUGUUCCCGCGCCAUCUCAGUGGAGCUCCUGGGCACCGUCACUCUAAUUCUGAGCGAUAUGAAGGUAACAGAGAGACUUCCAGCAGGGGGCGCUGUGCUGGCAGAGCCUCUCUAUUCAGUCCACAUGGUGGGCCUUUACAUCAUCAUCUCAGCUCCCAAAUUGGGCAUCACUGUAAUCUGGGACAAACAUACCAGGGUCAGCAUUCAACUGGAGCAUCGGUGGAGAGUAAGAGGUUUUUUGUUUUUAGGAUUUGUAUACAGCCGUUACUUUGUGAUCUUAUCACAUGUAAAAUCGACAAGCUCUCCUGUUAAAUUUUGACUCUGCUGUGGUAAAUCAGCUGUGUAAUGUCU